AUGCGUGGGCCCUUGGUAGGUAAAGGGUUUUAAAAAGUUCAUUUCAACGUUCGACGAGUGAAAACAU